AUGGAGGAGCAGCGCGGCAAGUUCCUCGUGCUGCGCCUCUACGAGGCGCUUAACUCCCGCAACACACGCCGGGCGCAGGACCUGCUCGCCCCAGACCUCGAGUGGUGGUUCCAUGGCCCGCCCGCGCACCAGCACAUGAUGCGCCUCCUCACCAGUGCCGGCACCAACACCGAGUUCAGGUUCUGCCCCCGCUCCAUCGACGCCUUCGUCUCCACCGUAAUCGCCGAGGGGAGCGCCGACGGCGCCGACCAGCUCCUCUACUGGGUGCACGCCUGGACCGUCGGGCCCGAUGGGGUGAUCACCCAGCUCAGGGAGUACUUCAACACCGACCUCACCGUCACCCGCCUCUCCGCCGCGGCGGCCACCAAGAACGUCAGUGCGGGCUCCCCUAGCCACUUCUCCUCUUCUUCUGCCUCUUCCUCCCCCUCCUCGUCCAUGUUCUCGGGCCUCUCCUCGCCGGCGCACACGCCCAAGUGGCCCAAGUGCCUGUGGCAGAGCCGCCGCAGCGACCGCGCGUGCAAGUCGCUGCAGGGCCUCGUCCUCGCCAUCUAA